UAAGUAUGCACGGUUUCUGUGACGUGCUUAAAUUAAGAAGAAAAUGUUUUCCUGUUGUAUGUACUUUUUCCACCCUACCAAAAAUAUAUAAAUUAGGCAAAAAUUAAUGCAAAUCACUUUGAUGAUUACACUCUGGACUUGACUAAACAACUCAAUUAAAGAAAAUGCCUCGGCUAAUUCAGGGUGUGCUCAUCUUCAUCAUUUUUGCAUGUUGCACAGCUUUUGCUAACAAUUAUCGCCGACCUAGCAAGAUAACAACAAACUGCUGCACAUCUGUUUCUGCUGCUAAGGUUCCAUAUACUAUAAAGGGGUGUAGGCUACAGAAUGCUUUGGGUCCAUGUGUGCAAGCAGUUAUAUUUUACACAAAAGAAACUGGUUCAUUCUGUGCAGAUCCCAAGGCUCCAUGGGUGAAACAAAAAGUCAGAAUGUUUCGGAAUAAAAAGGCUAAGUCUGGUAAAACAACCACUUCACCUCGUUGAAGAUCUUAUCAGCCAUUCUUCAUGCCACAAAAUCAAUAUAUUAAACUGCCUUGCUGUGCUUACCAGAAGACUUUUUCAGUUCUUAGUGACUCAUUAGUUAAGCAAGCCUGUAUUUUCCAAAUGGACUUUUAUUGUGUUUUGCACAUGUCACAUUGACAACUUAUCUGUCCUCAUUUUGAAUAUAUUCUUAUCUUAAAACAUUCCUAAAGCAAACUUUUAUUUCUAAUCAUAAAAUGAAAAUGAUUUAGAGCAAGUGUGUAACUGGCUAUAAAUGUUUUGAUCUCAGUUAAUUCAUUGGGGUUUCCUCCCAGGCUUAUAAUGACAUUAUUGUAAACAGUGUUGCAAAUAUAGUCUAAGUCAUAGCUUUGACUACAAAGUCUUACAACACAUAUGACCUGGGUUUGAAAAAGUUCGUUCAUGCAUGCAAACAUUAGGUAGCAAGUUCACAUGCUGAAUAAAACACUAAUACUUGAAUUAUUUGUGGAAAAAAUGUAAAAAGGUCUAAGUGCAUUUUCUUACCCCAAUAAUUAAUAUUUUUAUUGCUCUCU